UGGGUGCCGUGUCUUCCCAAUCGCAUCGGGUCGAGUAGGGAAAGGAGCCCAUGGCGUCUUGGAAUUCGAUCUACUUGGACAUCACUUACCAGAUCUUCGGGUGGAUCGCCUUCUUCGCAUGGUCCAUCAGCUUCUACCCCCAGGUCAUCCUCAAUUUCAGGAGGAAGAGCGUGGUAGGGUUGAAUUUCGAUUUCCUGGUUCUCAACGUAACGAAGCACUCGUCGUACCUCAUUUACAACGCGGUGCUGUUCUUCAGUCCUGCGGUCCAGAGGCAGUAUCAUGAGAAGUACGGUUCCGAUGAGAUGAUUCCUGUAGCUGCAAAUGAUGUGGCUUUUUCAAUACAUGCUGUUGCACUCACAGCUUUCACAUUGUUCCAAGUGUUGAUUUAUGAUCGUGGAAAUCAGAAGGUCUCGAAGGCUUGCAUUGGGAUUUCUAUAAUUGUCUUGCUUUCUGCGUUGGUUUGCGUGAUCUUAGCUUGGCCAAAACAUUCUUGGCUUUGGCUUAUCUCUGUAUUCAACGCAAUACAAGUUACCAUGACGGCAAUCAAGUAUAUCCCACAGGCAUUUAUGAACUUCCAACGAAAGAGUACUGUUGGUUGGAGUAUUGGCAAUAUCCUGCUUGAUUUAGUUGGCGGUUUGUUGAACUUUGCGCAGAUGGGUAUUCAAUCCAUAGAUCAAAAUACACUAGUUAACUUCUAUGGUAACAUAGGCAAGACGCUUCUUUCUGUGGAAGUUGUACUCUUUGAUGCUCUCUUCAUUUUGCAGCACUAUGUAUUCUACCCCGUGAAGGAUGAAAACGACCCAACAACACUGGAAGAGAAUGCGACUUCCUCCUUACUGACUCAAGAGAAACCUGAGUUUAAAAACGUAUAGGGGAAUAACAUCGAUUUGUACAUAUCAGAAAAAUAUUUAAGUUGCUACUUAAAGGUCAUUGCAGACAUUGAUGUGUGAUUUUUUUCCUCCUAGCUUUUCAUGUUCAUGCCAGCUUAAAAAACAAAUCUUUAGUGCGUGUGUAUAUAUUGACAUACUAGACAACUCUCACCUGACUGAAUUAUGAAUGUUUCUUCUUGGCAUACAACCAUUGUAAGCUUACUCAAA